ACUGCCCAUGACUAACAACUCUAACCCUCUCACUAUAGCAACAAUAAGACAAAAACACCAUGGGCAUGGUAGGCUAUUGAAAGCGUCGGACAGAGCGGAAUUUCAUCUACAUGAGGAUGCCUGACAAACGCCUGAAAAGAGACAGAGAAAUGGUACAUAUCGUGGAUUAAUUGACAUCACCAGAGCAGCCAUGACUUGCUUGGCCCCUGAGGUUCUAUGGAGGUUGAUGGAGCUCCACGACUCUGUGUCUCUGUGCCUGAUGGAAAGUAGGGUCCGGCAGAAGACUCUGGCCAGGCAUGGUCAGGAACAGGGUUUGGGACAAGGGGAACCACAGUGCUGGCCUCUUCUGCCCACACCACAGUGUUCCUCCCCUCUGGACGAGCACAGUCUGCUACAUGCCUCAUGGAACGGCUGUCUAGAGCAGGUCAGAACCCUUCUGAUCUGCGGUGUGAAGGCUGACUCCAGAGACACCCAAGGCUGGACACCCCUCCACCACGUCUCAUUCCGAGGUCACCUUCCCCUGGUCAAGCUACUGCUCCAGUCAGGUCAGGUGGAGGUCAACUGCCGGGACUUCUUCAACUGCACCCCUCUACACCGCUCCUGCUGGGCCGGGCACAAUGAGAUAGCCCACUACCUCCUCCAGAGAGGCGCCUCUCCGGUCAUGCGCUCCAGCUCGGGGCAGACACCCCUGCACCUGGCGGCCGCCAACGGCCACUCAGCCACGGCCCGGCUCCUGCUGCAGCAGGGGGCUCUCAUGGAGGCCCAGGACUUCCACAGGUGGACGCCCCUACACUGGGCAGCGAUUGGGGGAUGGGGUGAGGUGUCAGACCUACUGCUGGAUAACGGGGCAGACGUGGAGGGGGGUAAAGGUGGCGGGGCCAGUCCUCUGCAGCUGGCAGUGUGGGCAGGGAGCGAGGAGAGUGUGAAGCUCCUCUUACAUCGAGGGGCGAGCGCCAACACCGCCGGUCCAAGUGGACGCACAGCCCUGCACCUGUGUGCCUGCACUGGGGACACAAAGAUCCUUAAGCAGCUUCUGGCAGGGGGUGCCCUGGUGGAUGUCACCGAUGGCAGCCUGGCCUCGCCUCUCCACCUGGCGGCCCGCAGUGGUUCGCGGGAGGUGGUACAGCUGCUGAUCUUGAGCGGUACUCCUCUAGAGAAGCGGGACCGCCUACUAAUGACCCCACUGCAUUGCGCGGCCCUUGGGGACAAUGAGGACACCGCGCGACUGCUGCUGCACUAUGGGGCCGAGGUUGAUGCCACAGAAAGACUAGGCCGGACGCCACUUCAUCUGGCAGCAGAGAGAGGCCACUGCAAGGUCCUAACAGUACUCCUGGAAAGAGGUGCAGACUCCAUGCUGAGAACACAGUGGCUAGAAACGGCAAAGGACAUAGCCCAAGAGCAUGGGCAGCUCAGAGUUUUACAAAUUAUCCAGGAACAUCAAACUACUCCAAAAAUAAACAGAAAAAACACCAUUCAGACUGAGUUGUAGUUGCCUGCCUGAAUUAAGACAUUGGAGGAGCAAUAUGAGCCUAUGCCUAGCCUAAUCACAUAGUGAAUUUGAAACAUAGGCCAGUUAUCAUCAGCCUACUAGGAUACUGUUUAUUAUACAUUUUGGCAGCUGUACCAGCUCUGACUGUAGGCUACUCAUAUCAAAAUACACAUAUCUUGAAUUAUUUUUUUUAUGAACUUGACGGUUGAUUUGGAGCAAUGUUAAGAUGAGUGCAUUUGUUCAGGUAGGCUAGAAUAGGCUACGUUUAUGAACAGCGCAAAAUGUCAUUCUGCUGUUAUUCUCCUAUAGUCCAGUCAUUUUUUGAAAAAAGGUUGAACAAAUUGCAACAGAAGAAAACUUAACU